AUGGAUAUUGCAAUUGGAGCACCGCAGCAGCCCAUAAACUUCGAAAUAUCUCCACAAUUGCUGAUUGAGGAGGCAAAUAAAAUUACGAGUACUACGAAGUCUCUCUGGAAUACACUGGUGGCCACUAUCAGUGUUAAGGAUGCUACUUUUGUGAAUACCGUAUGGCCAGUUAUUCAAGACGAAAACUCCUGUUUUGAGAGAGAGCGUAUCCUGCGCUUUUAUGCAUCAACUUCUCCAUCCAAAGAUUUACGGGUUGCCUCAAAGACAGCAUUCAACAUAUUUUCUGAUGCCAGAGUCGAUUUGUUUUCUCAGCUUGAAAAUUUUCGCCUGAUAGACAGUGUCUUCAAAAAUGCAGCAAACCAAAAGCCUAUCUUAGAUAGUGAAUCCGAUCACUAUCUUCGGAAAAUUCAUCGAAAAUUCAUUCAAAACGGAUGUGGUCUCACGGAUGAAGCCCUCAGGAAGGAAUUUAGCAUCAAAAUGAAGCGCAUAAGUUACCUUGAGCUCGAGUGCAACAGCAAUCUUGUCGAAGAAACUACGGGUCUUUGGCUCACUCGUGAGGAGCUUGGGGGAUUAUCAGACGCGACACUAAGCCGGCUUCAUGAAGGUGAGGGUAGCCAAGUUGGCCGCCUUUGGCUGCCUACUAAGACUCCGACCAGCACCCCAGCAAUGGAGCAGGUAAAGCGUGAAUCGACUAGGAAGAAGAUACACUAUGCUAUCAAAAAUCGAGUCAUACAAAACGCACCUCUCUUUCAAGAACUAGUGCUGCUUCGCGAUGAAACCGCCAGAAUCCUAGGGUAUCCAAAUCACUUCAUGAUGAGAACAACUGGUAAGAUGAUUCAACAUCCCGAGAUCGUUAUCAGGCUACUAUCAGAGAUUCGCGACGCUUUAACCCCCCAGGCUAGAGUUGAUGCAAAAGAAUUUCUCCAGAUGAAGCAGCAGGAGCCAACUGCCUUUGUGGAAACCAAGAACAUAUUGUUUCACUGGGAUGUGCCAUACUACCAUACGCGAAAACUUAAAAGAGAGGAGCCACCGGAGUUUUCACUCUCGGAAUACUUCGAGCUAGAGACGACGCUUACAAAACUUCUCCAGAUGUUUCGACAUCUCUUCGGAGUAGAGCUUCGUGCAGUCGAUACUAUAACCUAUAAGCACCUUAUUUGGCAUGAGGAUGUGAAGAUGUACACUGCUUGGAAUAUUGAUGGCUUACAAGAGGAGUUUCUUGGGUACGCUUAUCUCGAUCUCUUUCCUAGAGAUGGGAAGUAUAGUCAUGCAGGGAACUAUGCAUUACAAUAUGGAUACCAGCGCCAUGAUGGGACUCGCUUUUACCCAUCCUCGGCUUUAGUCAUGAACUAUUUUAAGCCAGCUUUUAAUAAGCCGACUCUUUUUAGCCUAGAUGAUGUGAGAAAAUUGUUCCAUGAGCUAGGACAUUUAUUCCAUGCACUUUUCACUACAACAAGGUUUGCAGGAUGUUGUGCUGUUGAUCGUGACUUUGUGGAGAUACCAAGUUUAUGUCUUGAGCAAUUCUUUUGGGUAGAGCGUCAUAUUAAAGAGACCUCGUUCCAUUAUUCCUAUAUCAAUUCUUCGAUGAAGGAUGCCUGGAUAGCAAGUCUUGGAAAUGGUCAACAGACCAAUCUUCCGAAUAUGCCUCCUCUUCAACUUGACGACAAACAAGUGGCAGAUCUAUCUCGCAGAGGCAAAGCCAGAGCAGCCCAAGGGCAGCUAGGUAAUGUCUCCUUGGCCACCUAUGAUGUACUUGUUCAUAAUCCAAGUUCAAGCGAGGAGUUGAGAAGAACUAAUCUCACGGAGCUGUUUAAUAAGACGCAAUCGGAAAUCCUAGGUGUUGGAGGAGGAGAGCUUUUAGGAGAGGGAUGGGAGUGGGGCCAUGGCCAGACGGUUUUUCGAGCCCUGGUUAACAAAUACGAUGCCGGGUACUACACUUAUCUUCUGGGCAGAGUGUUUGCUUUUGAUGUUUUCAAGACCGGGUUCAGCCAGGAUACAAUGAGUACAGAGGCUGGACGAAGAUAUCGUGAUAUGAUACUUCGAAAAGGCGGCUCCCAGCCUGAGAUGAAGACAUUGAGGGACUAUCUAGGUCAUGAACCAACUGCUAAGCCAUAUCUCCAGUGGCUCGGAGUGAAAUAUAGUGAAUAUUAG